AUGCGCACAAUUUACUGGAGCUGUCGCUGGCUCGAUGGAUGGGUCGGGGCAUAUGUGCAGACCAACUGGAAAUUGAAUGACACCCUGGGGCUUUCCAACAUAGGCAACCCAGCCGAACCACAAAUGCACUGGGCCUUGCGUAUUGGCUCUUACCUCUACGAGCUGCUCACAGAUGAGAACAUGAACAUCCGAUGGCGCUACGUGGAUGAAGCGCGAUUCGAAUCUUGGACGUCUGCUAUCCCCGACAGGGCCGUGGGGGAGACAUCGGCGACAGAUACUGAGUUGGCAUUUAUGGGUAAGUUGACGGGCUACCUGCUAUCGGUAUGCAGCUAA